AUGGCUGUGGGUGCGUUUUUGGAUGGAUUGAGCGACUGGUGGGAGAUGAAUCGUGGGCACCACUUGAAGACAUGUCACAAGUCUCUGUACCUGUCGCUCAUCUCGGUGGAGUCGGUCUUCAUGUGCGAUCUGGGAUUUGAGUUAUACGGUGGAAAAUGCGUUGUAGAUGUGGAUGAGUGUCUGGGGGAACAUUUAUGUGGGCCCAAUGCUGCUUGCAUCAACACACCUGGCAGCUAUCGCUGCAUUUGUAAUGCCGGCUACGCAAUCAAGUCUGGCGCCAACAACUUCACGUCACCUGAAGGGCCAUGUGAAGCCGGAUGUUCGACUGAUGGAGGAAACUACUGUGGAAAUGGAACAUGCCAAAUUGGAGACAGCGGCCCUUACUGUGCCUGCAACGCAGGGUUCACGAAUUACGGCCACAAAGCAGGCCGCUGCACAGUGUUAGAUUGUGAUGUUUUUAAAGACACGGAGGAUUUGGAAAAGAAUGUCCCUGUUGCAUAUGACCUGGUGAUGCAGCUGAAAAGAACUUGUGUGAACCUGACCGAGGGUGAGGCUCAAGAAUCCAUAGAUGACCAGGAAAUGCUUUCGAAAUUUCUGGCGAUCAUUGACCUGAUUUUGGCCACUAAAACCCUUAACGACAACAGAAAGGUUUCAGUCUUCCUGAACUUGGCGGAGAGCGCGCUGAGACUGAUGGGACCUCUCAUCAAAGCCCCAACAAUGAGGAGAUUUGCUAAAUACACAGAACUGGACCUACUUUCAUACAAAAAACCCACGUCACCCCAAGGAGUACUGCAAUUAAUAACUAACGCAGUCACGUUGAAGAUGCAGUUGGAAACGGUUGCAGGAGAUCCUUCCCAGUAUCCAGGCUUCGCGAGCGCGGCCUUGCUCAGCUACGCAAACCUGGAGACCUUCACCGACGGCUUUUACGGCGGGAUGAAUCCACGAGACGACCAAAAAUUGGUCAUCAACUCCAAAGUAGCGACUGUCUCGGUCACAAACACUAACACCAAUCAUCUGAGAGAUCCGGUCGAGCUACGUUUUUACCACCUGAAAAAGGUAAACGACUCCCACCACGUAUGUGUGUUCUGGGACACCUCCCAGGGGGCAGGGAGCUGGUCUGCUGACGGCUGCACGGCGGUGAAGUCCGACUCUGAAUCCACCGUGUGCUCGUGCAACCACUUGAGCACAUUUGCCGUGCUCAUGGCCCUCUAUGACGUCGAGGAGAUUUUCGAGUUGCAGCUCUUGACCUCGUUGGGAUUGUCCCUCUCCCUGAUUUGCCUGCUCAUCUGCAUCCUGACCUUCUCGCUCGUCCGCUCCAUCCAAAGCACGCGCACCACCAUCCAUUUGCAUCUGUGCAUCAGCCUGUUUGUCGUCGCCUUCGUUUUCCUCGUGGGGAUCACUCGUACAGAGAAUCAGAGCGCCUGUGCGACGAUCGCCGGCCUGCUGCAUUUCUUCUUCCUGGCCGCGUUCUGCUGGAUGUGCUUGGAAGGCAUACAGCUCUUCCGGAUGGUCAUCCUGGUCUUCAACACCAACUUUCGGACCUCCUACAUGAUGACGGUCGGCUAUGGCAUCCCGGCCAUGAUUGUCGCCAUCUCAGCUUCGGUCAACCCUAGAGGAUACGGCACCCCAAGAUAUUGCUGGUUGAACGUGAAAUUCAUCUGGAGCUUUUUGGGCCCAGCUUGUGCCAUAAUUGCUAUUAACAUUUUCUUCUUUGUCAUCACCGUUUGGAAGUUGGCACAGAAGUUUUCAAGUCUAAACCCUGACCUGAACACCUUACAAAAAAUUCAAGCAUUUACCGUCACGGCAGUGGCCCAGCUCUGUGUACUGGGCACCACGUGGAUUUUUGGCUGCUUCCAAUUUGAUAAGAGCACCGUGAUAAUGUCUUAUCUUUUCACCAUCUUUGCCAGCCUUCAGGGGGUCAUGUUGUUUGUGAUGCACUGUUUGUUCUCCAAGCAGGUGAGGGACGAGUACAGAAAUUUCCUGUCCAGGUUCAGCGUACCGUCAAAGAAAACCUGCGCUGAGGUCAACUUGCUGACCGGCAUACAGCAUGCGUCCAGAAGCAGCCAGGACACGGGAGAGUCGCACACCUGA